AUGAAGAAAAAACUCGAAAAUGACGAAUAUUUUGAAUAUAAAAAAUUUGAAGCAGUGAAGGAAGACAUUUUUGUCUACAUGUAUCUGACGCAUAGUGAAGUUUUAAUUCCCCAACACACUUUGUCACUGUUGACUUACCCCCCCUUUUUUUUUAUAUGUUCCAGAAGGCUACUGUGCGAAGUUAAUAGUAUAUUAAGGCAAGACGAAAAAAGAAACGCAGAAUUACUUCAACUUAAGAAGAGGAACUUACUCCAUUGCAAUCCUUUGGAAAAAAAACACUCCUAUCAUUUUUCCAUCCAUCUUGAUAUUUUUGGGACUUCAAAUGGGUCCCCAGAAAAUAAAAGCGUCAUAAGUGAGUGUUCGGAUGAUGAUCCAUCUUCAACACGAGAGGGAAAUAGUCUAUCGGUGGACAAACGACUGACAGGUGACGAAACGGACGCGGAAAAAAGAAGUGCCGAAAAGGUAACGAACGAUUCCAUCAACUGUAAAAAUCACUCGAAGCAGAAGUAUGUCAUCCUCCCACUUGAGCAUUUUUACCCCUCCGAAGAGUUAAAUAAUUACAGAAUUAGCAUAGAUUUUACGCACCUGGAGUAUUGA